UAUGUGGAUUGUGUGUGUGAAACAACGGCAGAAGAUGCAGUUACGCACCCACAGCUGCAAGAUGAUGCUCCUUCUGUCCUUAAUGUUGCUCUGUGUUUCCACUAAUUCAGACAACACCAUGAUGUUCAUACAGUCUGGGGAGGACAUCACUGUGAAGUGUUCCUGUGGUACUUCUGAGAAUAUUGUCGGGAUGUAUCUGCUCCACAAAACUGGAAACAAUGUUAAAGAGAAGGAGGUGGUAUUUCUUCGAACUAAUUCAGUUAGCAUACGAAGCAAGUACCAGAACAGAACUCGUAUAAAUGGCUCCCUCACGGACUCAACCAUAACCAUCACAAAUCUGACCGUGGAUGACUCUGGUGUCUUCAGAUGCAACUACAAAGAUCAACGCAUCCAUGAUGUUGGUGCAUGUGGAAUGACCUACACAGUUUUUGUGAAAGGGCUGAAGCUCAUCAUGGCACAUUGCAGACGUGAAACUCCUCCAGUUCAGACUUUGACAUUCUCGGUCACCUGUGUCAUCUGCGUGCUCGCUAUUGUCAUUGCCAUCUUACUGAUUUUACUGAUCCUAAUCAUGUACCGGAGGGUGAAACCAUCCAGCGGAAUGAGAAGACAGCAAGUCAAUAAUAAUGACUAUGUGUAUGAGGUAAUGACCAAGAAAUCCGAUGCUCCCCUGUAGAACCGGAGCAGUUGUCACGAAGUCUGUAUGAUUUUGCAAAGCAAUCCAAUGUUAUUUGAAAGUGAUUGCUGAAUCAGUAUUUGAUAUUUCAGUGCUCAUAAAAAAAUGUAACAAACAUUACUGCCACACAGAUAAGAGAGGUUUUGAAUAUCACUGGGAAUGACGGUAAUUCCCUAGGAUUGAAGAGGCUCAUACUAUAUUAUAAUUACAAAUAAAAUGCCUGCCUAACACCUUGAUGUAACAUAAACAGAAGAGAGCAAACAGAGUCAAAUUAACACGUUAACUGUCUAAACAAAACUGAGCGGCUUGGAAUAAAAGUACAAGUCUGCAGUUUGAGCACCAUGGUUAAAGUUAAAAUAAUCUUGAGCAGUGAUGUUAUUGAUUUCAAACUAGGCGUGGAACACAACCUAACCUAGAAAUAUUUAGCUGUUCGUGAACAGUGUGGGAGUGUGUGGGAGGAGAUGUUAAACCUCUGCAAAAACCACACGGCUUGUGUAUCAGUUGGUUUCAGUUCAUGUUUAGAUCUGUCACGUAAAUGUCCAUAUGUGUAUAUACAUAUAAUCCAGGCAUUCAUAAUCAAGAUACAAACAUAUCUGUAAAUGGUAAAUUUGAAGAGGAUUCUGGUGGAUGGUGCAGGUACUUAUGGUAAAGGUUUAAGUCAUUCAGUUUGUUUUAGUUUUCAGCUACUGUCCCUACUCUUGCUUAUGAUACAGUUUUCUUUCAAUUGUUUUUCCAUACUGAAGCUACUGAUAAUGCCUGCUGUGUGCGAUUUAUGCCAUAAGUGACAGCAAUUGUAAUAAUGUUCAAGCCUCCUAAUAUUGAAUAUUGCAUAAAAGAAAGAAAGCUA